CUUCUCUCAGGUCAUUAUCAUUAUUCCCUCCAUAAGAGUCCGACGAAGCCCUGUGGAUACUUGUCUCGCGUCGUCCCUUGUUUUCGAUAGAACCAGACCGGCCCCAGAUUCCUGUCAUAUCAGUGAUACCUCCUCGGCUCUCUUGGUGUAGGAAGGAUGUUUUGACUGUCUCACUCGAAUCAAACAACCCCGUAGUUCAUACCUUUCUUUUCUGAUCACCACCACUCUUCUCCUUUCUUUAUUGUUCCUUCUUGCGUUGGCCCUCCAUCUAGAUCACUAUUCAAGAUGAGUUCCGGCAUCCCCCCGUGGCGGGUCACGGCGUCGGCCACCGCUACCACCUCACUUCACUCUGGCCAUGUGGCCCCAGCGUAUAUCCCAGUUCAAGCACGCCGUAGUCUCACGUCUGCAAAGGCGACGAACCCUGUCCUUUCGUCCUCCACAUCAUCGACGUCUACCGAGACCGCCGCCCGCAAACGAGUAGAAUUUCCAGAUGCGGUUCGCACAUAUGUGCAACGCAGCUUCGCACCCGAACACCAAAUCCCCGGGGUCGAACGGAGCGAGAUGGAGGCGAAACUGAAGUCGGUCAUCACAGAGGCAGCAGAGGGUAAUAUGCUCAAUAAGAUCGACUGGGAGACCUUGCCUCUGCCGCAGGUCAUGGUGCAAAAUGACCGCAACAGAGUCUUAGCGAGCCCAAGUGUCUCGACCUGGGGUGCAUUUGGGACAGUUUCGCCGAAGAAGUCUAACGACCUCUCGGAAGACCCAUCGAAGAAGAGGAAGUCGGUCGAGUACCAUGGAGACGCAAGCAGCUGUCCGCCCUGGAGACAAACUAACAACCAGAAUGCCUUUGAAGACCGUGUCACUUAUCCUUCCACAGACAAGCGGCAGAAGAUUGAUAUGAAGAACCCAAGUAAGUCUAAAGCUAAUCUGGAAAUGCGGAGAAAACGUUUCGAGGAACCACAAGCACGCUCUGGAUCUUCACCCUCGUCCCGCGGUGAAUCGCCGACCCCCAGUGCAAACCAAGGUCCCGUGGUCGGAAGAUGCCAGGAACUCGAGAAGAACUACUUCCGUUUGACAUCCGCACCGAAUCCGGAUACCGUCCGUCCUUUGCCGGUUCUGAUGAAGACGUUGGACCUGCUGAAGAAGAAAUGGAAGAAAGACAACAACUAUGGUUAUAUCUGCGAUCAGUUUAAAUCAUUGCGCCAGGACUUGACGGUACAGCACAUCAGGAACGAGUUUACUGUCAGCGUCUAUGAGAUUCAUGCCCGGAUUGCCCUAGAAAAAGGUGACCUUGGUGAGUAUAAUCAGUGCCAGACUCAACUACGAGCGUUGUACGCCCAGCAACUUGGUGGCCAUCCUACGGAAUUCAGAGCCUAUCGCAUCCUCUAUUUCAUUCACACCCGCAACUGGACCGCCAUGAACGAUGCGUUGGCCGAUCUAACCGCAGCAGACAAACGGGAUCCUGCUGUGAAACAUGCUUUGGAUGUCCGUUCCGCUCUUGCUCUUGGGAACUACCACCGUUUCUUCCAGCUUUAUCUCGAUACUCCAAAUAUGGGGGCGUAUCUAAUGGACAUGUUCGUGGAUCGUGAGCGACUCUCUGCCCUUGCAGCAAUCUGUAAAGCAUACAAGCCUGAUGUAAAGAUCCGUUUCAUUACUGAAGAACUUGGUUUCGAGUCCGAUGAGCAGAGUGCGCACUUCAUUUUGGACCAUACCUCGGAGGACCUCCUCCAAGAGAAAGAUGGGAUCGUGAGGCUGCUUACGGGCGGUAAGGCCGGCCAACUUUUCGAAGGAGCCAAGGCCGAGGCUCAUCGCGUUGUCGAUAUCAAGGGACAGAUCUAAGUUCCGUAUCUCUCUGCUUGUUCCCCCUUUCCUUACAACCUCCGGCUCUACUUCCACCUCCUGAUCUUCCACGUUCUGGAUACUGUUCCUCACUUUUCCCAUCCGUACCCUGUCAUUACGGCGCUUGGAGUUCCGUUGUUUUUUCUAUCCCGUUUCUUCCGGCAUUAGAGGCGUCUUGCAUUCACUGCUUAUGAUCUGAGUAUCUAUACCCAUUUUGACCCUAGGGGAUUGGAUGUGCUGCAUCUGCUCUGCACAAAAAGUGUAUGGAAGGAAGGCUGAAGUGGGUAUUGAGGAGGC